UGCAGUUAACUAGCUAUUGUUGCUAGCAGUGCAAUUUUUAAAUCAAGUGGAACUGUAACUAGUUAUAUAAAAAAACAUCGAACUGGCACGAAGCGAAUACAUUUCAGGGUUAGCUAAUUGGUGACUGACGAUUCAUAAAAUGCUUACUAAAUUGCUUGGAUAAUCAGCUAGCAUGCUAAAUCCCUUGACGUCAUACUGACAUGUAGCUUUGGGACAACAUCGGGAGUCUGUAUAGUUGUGCAUCGUGCUGGCGGUUGGCGACGGAAAAUAAUCCUACCUAAAUAUAGCCGGCUAAAUCCCAACAAUUGUUUUUCUUGUCAAUAAGAAGAUAUGUAUAAUAUAAGAACUCUACUUACCAGACGUAAAAGUGAAAUGUGUAAAUCGCUAUCAAAUAAGCGUCUGAAUCUAACUUGUCGUCACCAUAUUCCCUCCGAGUUAAACUGGGGCUGCGAUUAGACCACGCACUUCACGUGAAACUUCCUAACACUAAAUCUACCACUGUUUACACAGCAGGAAUAUGGUGUGGUUUGGAGAAAAGUUGGAUUCAGAAGUUUAUUUCCCGAUGUAUUCCAAAACUAGAUUACAUAAGGCAGCUAUUGCCGUUUCAAACCAACUGGGAACUCGGAAAUCUCCCGAAUUCAGUGCAUUCAAGACAGCUGGGAACUCGGGAAAAAAUAAAUAGCUCCAACUGGGAAAAAUCGCUUUGAAAGGUCAUCCAAAUCGGAAACUAGGACAUCGUUUUAGUUUUUGAGCUCCUACUUUGACCUGAAAUCACUGACUCAUGAUUUGACCCCAUUUUUGGCACCUGUAUUUGGGGAAUUUCUCCCAUUCUUCUCUGCAGAUCCGCUUACGCUCUGUCAGGUUGUUUUUCUGAGCAAUUUUCAUGUCUCUCCAGAGAUGUUUGAUUGGGUUCAUGUCCGGGCUCUGGCUGGGCCACUUAAGGACAUUCAGAGACUUGUCCUGAAGCCACUCCUGCGUUGUCUUGGUUGUGUACUUAGGGUUGUUGUCCUGUUGGAAGGUGUACCUUCACCUCCAUCUAAGGUCCUGAACAGGUUUUCAUCAAGGAUCUCUGUACUUUGCUCCGUUCAUCUUUUGCUCAAUCCUGACUCAGUCUCACAGUCCCUGCCGCUGAAAAACCUCCCCACAGCAUGAUGCUGCCACCACCACGCUUCACCGUAGGGAGGGUUCCAGGUUUCCUCCAGACGUGACGCAUGGCAUUCAGGCCAAAUAGUUUAAUCUUGGUUUCAUCAGACCAGAGAAUCUUGUUUCUCAUGGUGCGAGAGUCCAUUAAAUGCCUUUUGGAAAACUUCAGGCAGGAAGUCAUGUGCCUUUUACUGAGGAGUGGCUUCCGUCUGGCUACUUUACCAUAAAGGCCUGAUUGGUGGAGUGCAGCAGAGAUGCUUGUCCUUCUGGAAGCUUCUCCCAUCUCCAUAGAGGAACUCAGGAGCUCUGUCAGAAUGACCAUCGGGUUCUUGGUCACCUCCCUGACCAAGGCCCUUCUCCCCCUAUUGCUCAGUUUGGCCAGGUGGCCAGCUCUUGGAAGAGUCUUGGAGGUUCUAAACUUCUUCCAUUUGAAGAAUAAGGGAGGCCACUGUGUUCUUUGGGACCAUCAAUGCUGCAGAUAUGUUUUGUUACCCUUACCUAGAUCUGUGCCUUGACACAAUCAUGUUUCAGAGAUCUACAGACAAUUCCUUCAACCUCAUGGUCAUGCUCUGUCAACUGUGGGAUGUUAUAUAGACAGGUGUGCCUUUCCAAAUCAUGUCCAAUCAAUUGAAUUUACCACGGGUGGACUUCAAUCAAGUUGUAGAAACAUCUCACGGAUGACCAAUGGAAAUAGGAUGCACCAGAGCUCAAUUUCGUGUCUCAUAGCAAAGGGUCUGAGUACUUAUGUAAAUAAGGAUGACCCUAGAGUCAGACCACCUGGACCUAGAUGGCAAGGCCCUCCCGGUGACCCUGGGACUUGGUGGUCACACCCCUCUGGCGCCCCUGGAACCAGGCCCCGCCCCACCGCUGACCCCAGAGCCAGGCUACGCCCCUCCGGUGACCCAAGGCCCAGACCACGCCCAGCCGGUGACCCCAUGGCCAGGUGGCCCCUCAUUGACGAUCCCACGACAAGACCUCAGGUGGAUGACUGCGAGCGGAUGGGGACCCUUUUCGGGCAGCUAAACAAGUGCCUGCGCAGCGCGGGCUUCACCCAGAUGUACUUUGGGGAGAAGGUUGUGGAUCCUGUGAUCAUCAUAUUUUUCUGGGUCCUACUGUGGUUCCUGGGCAUCCAAGCUCUUGGGCUGGUGGGGACUCUGUGCAUUGUCAUCAUCUUCAUCCAGAAGUAACUCGAUCUCCAGCCUGUUUGAUUGGCAGUUGGGAGCUCCGGUGUCUACAAAUAAAAAGGACUUGAACUCCAAAUGAAAGGACUUGAACUCCCUCGCUGUCUGUUCUGUUUGCAUUAAAAGGGCAAUCAGCAGUUACUUCUUACUUUUUUGGACUUGUAUAUUAAUGAUAUGUACCCAUUGAUUCUUGAAGAAUAUUAUGCCUCAUGAGCUUAGUUUAACUGUGGUACCCCAUCAGAACUCAAAAUAUAAGCUUGUUUUACCUUAAUGUUUGUAAACAAACACUGUAUAGCAUAGAAAAACCUGGUUAAAACUAUAAAUUAAUAUCAUGGAUGGUCAGUCCUUGCAUCCCUAGCUCUGUCUUUGAAUUUGAGAAUGGUUCAAUUUCUCCAGCCCCAUAUCGCCACUUUGUGCUGAAACGGAGGUGGGGAGCAUGCUUUAUUUUUCAGCUGCUGAUUGACACUUUAAAGCUUCCUAGACUCAGUGAUCGUUUGUCAAUACUCAUCUUCUUAGUGGCCAACUACACUUUAUCUGGAGGGAACAUUUAGAGUGCUGGCAGGUGAAAUGGGGGCCUUGCUCUUAACUACAGAUCUCCUGGUUUCAAGCUUUUAAAACUCAAAAUCAGACCACUUUGCUCACUUUGCCCCAAUACUCAAAAGCAAUGUCUCAUUAUAUCCUUACAUGUGUGAGUAUUGAAUUGAAAGAACUGGAUCAGUGAAAGCAAUAUAUCUAAUAGCUUAACUAGUUUUGUAUCGCAUAGUUUAACUGGUAAAUGUCAUUUUCAAGUGUUAUGAAGUUUUUGAUCAUGAGGGAAAGCAAUCAAGGAAAGGAAGUCUAUCAGAACUAUUUGGAUGCAGCCAUUGCUUCAAGUAUACUGAGCAGUUAAAUAUGCAAUCUGUAAGCCUCCCGUGUGGCGCAGCGCCAGCUGGCGACCAGAGAUUCUGGUCCGUGGGGCGACGCACAAUUGGCCUAGCGUCGUCCGGGUUAGGGAGGGCUUGGCCGGUAGGGAUGUCCUUGUCUCAUCGCGCACCAACGACUCCUGUGGCGGGCCGGUUGCCAGGUGCACGGUGUCCUCCGACACAUUGGUGCGGCUGGCUUCCGGGUUGGAUGCGCGCUGUGUUAAGAAGCAGUGCGGCUUGGUUGGGUUGUGUAUCGGAGGACGCAUGACUUUCAACCUUUGUCUCUCCCGAGCCUGAACGGGAGUUGUAGCGAUGAGACAAGAUAGUAGCUACUAAAAACAAUUGGAUACCACGAAAUUGGGGAGGAAAAAGGGGUAAAAAAAAUAAAAAUAAAUAUGCAAUCUGUAAGAUGAUAUCUAUAGUGUACAUGGAAUUAUAUUAUGUGGGGAAAAACAAAUAUUUCGUAACAUCAUAGAACCUGUAGCCUAAAUCAAGGAGCGGCCCGUCAUAUUCCAAGGUGCAUUCCAUGAGAUUUGCACAUACAAGUAGCACUGUAUUUCUAUGAUACAAUUUGUAGUGGUCAAGGAAUGACAUUCCAUGAGAGCAACAUUACUUUGCUUCACAUUUUACAUUAUAUGCCAUUUUGUUAAACAACAGAAUGAAGUAAAAUAUCCUUCAUUUUGGGGUUAUCUAGAGGUCUGUUUCUGCUGCAUUAGUUUUAAUUACCAAUGACCAUCAGGCCAUAUGACAGAUUGCUUUUUUAAGGCAAGUUGGGAGCAACAUUCUAACACCUGCAUGCCUACAAGGACCUGGAAUGCAUAUCACUGACUGGUUUAUUAGGUUCUAUAGUAACGUGAGUUGUCCCCCUACUUUGAAAAUGCAUUCAAACAUAUACCUUUGAUAUGCAUGUACUUCAAAGUAAUGUGUGGUUGCUGUGAAGGAGAAAAGUGCUCAUGACUAGCAUGGAUGUUUAACUUUUGCACAUUUGUAAAUGGGAAUGGUAGAAAGAGUUAUAUUAUAUCAAGCCUAUCCUUUUGAAUGAAAAUGGUACAUAAAUUGUCAGGAAUCCUACUAUUUUUAAAGUUGCAUGCAAUAUGUAACUUGAAAGCAAGUCUAAGAAGCGGUAGAUCUGUUAUGUGCUCUAUUUCUAUGCUUCCCGUUACUUUCGGUUUUGUUCACCAGCUGAAAAUACAAUAUUUUUUAGAUGGACAAAUGAUUUUCUACACUAUACAUUGCUUGUUUUGUCACAAACUGAAAUUGGGUGAACUAUUCGAAUUUUUGUAAUCAGGAAAUGAUGACGUGAUUUAUGCAUGUUGCACCUUCAGUGGAGGUGUCAAAAUACACAUAAAACCUACCGGUCAAACAGGGAAAUGUUCCAAUUGUGUUUCUUCCAUUCAUUUUUCCCAUAGGGGAUUUUAUGAAACACUUCAAAUAAGGGCUGUGUUUCGUGUAAGUUUACCCUGACGUGCCAUUUUGAUAACCAUGUAAAUCUCUCUCGGACAAGGUGACUUUUAUCAAUAUAUAUAUUCGGCUCUGUUUCCUCUCAUAUUUAAAAAAAAAAAAUGCUUAUUAGCAUUAAAGGAGACAUCAUGCAAAACUACAAAUCCCUUCAAGCUCCUGAAUGUUCUCUAGCUGACAACUUUGCUAACAGGUAUUGUGUCAAUUUAAAACUUGCAAUAGACGGUUCAAAGAAUUGUCCAUUUAAAGAAAUGUAGCCAAUUUAUUCAUUACUACAUUUAGCUAACAUUAGAUAGUUAAUUCAGAGAUUCUUACCUUUGCCUUGAUUUGGAAUUCUCGUCCAGAUAAUCAUGGCAUUUGUAGUUCUUUAUGAAAGCCACAUUAGCAGCUAAUUAGCGUUUCAUUUUGGGGGUAAAUCCAGGCUAAUAGAUUGAUAAAAGUCACCUUGUCCUAGAGAGAUUUACACAGUUAUCAAAACGUCACACCAUGGUAAGUCUACGCAAACAUUAUUUGAAGUGUUUCUAAAAUCCCCUAUGGGAAAAAUAAAUGGUUGAAAAACAAUUGAAACCAUUUCCCUGUUUGACUCUAGGUUUCAUGGGUAUUAUGACUCGUACUGUGGUACUCUAUUGAGAGUGGUAUGUCAUUCUAAAAAUUACUCCAAAUGUAAUCGGAAGGUAGUGCUGUAUGGCGAACAAGCACUUAUCCUUGUGGUUCUUUGUUGUCAAUUAAUGUAGGAAAGGCUAUAUCAAAUUGCAAUGUUGAGAUUGACUAGGCCUAAAUAUAUCACUGCUUUUGUGAGAGAUACUGCUACUAUCAUACUGUUUGAAGAUUAUGAUGAUGAUGACUUUCCGUCAUGGGUGUCCAAAUAUUCAAUAUUACAGACAUCAGAAUGUAUGAUAGACCACCUACUUAUACUACUGUAAGCCAGAGGACUGCAAAGCAUGCCCAGUGUUCACUGUUUGAGAAUAGUUGUUUAACUUGUGGAGUACUACAUACACAUCACAUACACUCUUAGGAAAAUAUUCAGCAGCACUAUUGGUUGAGUGCAAGAGCCAGGGAUGUAGCCUAGUAAACACUGAUAAAUGAACAUUGUCCAUAAGUGCUGAUCUAAAGUAGUUUUUCCUGCAUAAGGUUUUAGGUUAGGUUAGGAUUGGAUUAAUCCACUUCAGAAAAAAACGGUCAUUUUAUAAGCUUGUGUGGCCAACUAAAAUACCCGUAGUCUUUGUGGAAUGCUUUUUGGUGUUUGGCAUGUUCCAAGUUGAUAUACAAGAUUUUUUUAAAGUGGAAUGUCUAUUAAUAUCUACAAAGUAGGCUUUUAAGAGUGAUCGAGCACAAAGCAAAACAGAUGUGGAUUUGCAGAGUGAAUUGAGAGGGAAUUUGUUGGAUUGAAUUGAUAUAUCAUAUUCACUAUAGGUAUGUCUGAUCAGUUUGGUAAACAUAGAUCCCGCAUUCCUUUAACAAUGAGAAUAUACAGUAAUUUGUGUGUUAUAAGAAUGUUGAAAUUUGGGUAAAUUACUUGAUGAUUGAAAAGCUGGACGAUGUGUGAGAAAUUUGUAACAAAUGUUAAUAUGGUUUUCUCCUUUUUGGCAUUAAUUGUACACUAAUUGAGUGUAAAUGCUUUGCUACUGUAUGAGUAUAAGAUGUUGUAUGUCAAGUUAAGAGUCAAGCCAAGCGGCCGGUAGCCUAGCGGUUAAGAACGUUGGACCAGUAACUGAAAGAUUGCUGGUUCAAAUCCCUGAGCCGACUAGGUGAAAAAUCUGUCUGUGCCCUUGAGCAAGGCACUUAACCCUAAUUGUUCCUGUAAGUUGCUCUGGAUAAGAGUGUCUACUAAAUCAGGGGUACUUUUUCACUCAGGCCCCCCUUCCAGCAUUGGCAAAAAACCUAGCAAAAUAUCGUUAGCUGACAUGGGUCAGUUGAUCUAGACAUUUCUGACAAGUUGUAAAUAGCUCUCUAAAGUAUGUCAUGACUGACAUGACAAGAGGAAAACUGAUGAUGCACUCCCCAAUUUCGAUUUUGCAGCUUGUGCAUUCUACUAUUACACAUUUCAAGAGUAAAUUGAAAGCCAGACUGAGUUCCCCCUGCCGACCCCUCGCCCCACAGUUUGGGACCCACUGUGAUACAUGACUAAGAAUGUAAAAUGUAAGUCUUCCACAGAGGAAUCUUUCAGGACAGAAAAGGAUGGCAUAGCAUGGAUCACUGAUUGUGCCGUACUCAUACCAAUGAAUUAAUAUAAUCGUGCUUCAUUUUUAUUAUUGAUUUUUAGUUAUAUUGAUUUAUUUUAAGAUUAAGAUUUCUGAGUGAUAUUCAGAUUUUACAAUGUUAUACAUACUUGCAAAAUGAUUGAACUUGAAUUUAAAAAAUGUAGAUAAAAGUUAUGUUUUUAAAAAGUA